AUGUUCAAGUCGGGUCCUCUCGGAUCGAUCGUAGCGGGGCUCGAGAACCGCGAUCCUUCCGGUCCGGGUCCCCGAGAGCUGCGAUGGUCCCUGAUGCGGGUGCAGUGCUGGGACUGUAACGAUGAGCCGGGUGCUUGGUCUGCUUACGGCGACUUCGAUAUGGACUCUCUUUAUGGGGAUCGAGAGCUCACUGAUUCAAUGACCAACCUUGCGACCCCGCUCGUAAUCAGCUCGGCUGUCAUCGGUACUCCAAAGCCAAAGGAUGGGGACCCGAAGAACGGCCCGGAGGAUGGUCGAGAGUUCUAUAUGCCCAAGGAGGGUUCCCGGCGAAGAAAAACAAUUGUGAAGAUUCUUCAGGACGAUGGAGGACAGAUCCUGGAAAUCUGGAUGGGCCAAAUUCGAGGACGCAUUGGCUCGUCCGUCCUCCUGAUCAACGAAAGGCAUCUCGCGGAACUCUUGAGUGGAAUGAUCCUAUUACUUUCCGAACAGAACAACGACCAACUGUCGAAAGUGUUGGCACAGCUGAAAGAUUCCCUGGACUUCGGCGCCAACGCUCUCAAUCAGCUGCAGACCGCGCUAUUCGUGUUUCAAUAUUCGGUAAGAUCAAUUAUUUACUCGAACACGCCAUCUGGGCUUACCUUCGUGAAAGCUCUGAUGGAGCAGGGAAUGCGGUGCUGUGAUUUGGUUCGUAUGGCUACGGACGGAAGCUCAUCGACGUCGAAAGUCUCAGACAAACAGGAUGGGGAUCCGGAAAUGGUGCGCUGGUUAAGGAACAUUGGAGUGGACGAGGCGAGCGUGGGGCGAUUUGUUCAAGAGCGCUUCUCGCUGAAGGACGUCCUUCAGCUUGUCGACCGAGAGGAUCUCAAACGCCUGGGACUCAAGUUGGGCUACGAGAUUCGCGUCUGGACAGCGAUCCAGAGACACCGCAAUCGAAAGGAGAGCCACAACACGUCUUGA